GCCUCCCUCCCUCCCUGCCAAGAUUCGGAACCUCCUGGAUCCCGAGAGCCUUAUUUGAUCCCUCAUUGGGAAAAAAAAUGGAUUCCAGGCUUCUGCCGGGGAUGCAUUUCUGCAAAAAUCUCUUCGCUGCAGCCUUGUGCGCCUUGGUCCUGCUGCCGGAGCCGGGCUGUGCCAGGGCUCUGUGGAAACGCGCUCUGCUGAAAAUGACCGAGAAAUACGAUGAUUAUGAGUACCCUCUUCAUUCUCACAGCUCCCACUACCCCAAGAGCGACCGGUGCCCGCCGCCGCCGCAGAGCCUGCCCGAGCGCGCCUGCGAGGUGCCCAGCUGCCGCUCCGACUCCGAGUGCGAGCGCCACAAACGCUGCUGCUACAACGGCUGCAUCUACGCCUGCCUCGAGUCCGUGCAGCCCCCGCCAGUCUUGGACUGGCUGGUUCAGCCCAAACCCCGCUGGUUGGGAGGCAACGGGUGGCUCUUGGAYGGCCCUGAGGAAGUCUUACAAGCCGAGGCGUGCAGCACCACGGAGGAUGGGGACGAACCCCUGCACUGCCCCACGGGCUACGAGUGCCACAUCAUCAACCCAGGGAACACCGCCGAGGGCAUCCCCAACCGCGGCCAGUGCAUCAAACUCCGCGGAAACCCAGAUGGACACAACCUGAGGCAUAAGUAUUACAAGGAAUAUUUUGGGAGCAAUUCCAACAACGUGGUUGGCUAUGUGAAAAACCAGCAGAAGCAUUUGGGCUAAUUGAAGGUGUGCCUGGCUGGACCACUCUGUCAAGGAAUGCUUUACCCAGCAGCUUUCUCUUCUGGAAGAACUCAGAUCUCCACCAGCACAUCUCCAGCAUCCCCUGAUCCCUGCAUUUCACUGACAAAAAAAACCAUCCAAGAACAGGAUGAGUCCAGAUUGAACCCUGCCAGGAAGGGCAGAAAUGUGAUCCCCUGGAGGAAACCACAUUAUUUCAAGCUAAAUUCAUCAGCUGCCCUUCCACAAGGGAAAUACAAACACCUCCAGGGCAUCCCUGUGAGCCCCAGGGCUGCUGGCACAGAGCCUGCCUUUUUUCUUUUUUU